CGACGGCGAUAAACUCCAUGUCCACAAGGCAAACCAUCAUGCAGCGAGGCAAGAUCCGUCAGCAGCACAAGGCGAUUGGCGAUGUGGCCGAGAAACCCAAGAUCAAGAAGCUGACCAAGGAGAAGGUGGCUGACGAACACAAUAGCGCCACAGAUCACUUGGAUCUGGCGCACCGCGGCAUCGAGACGAUCGAAACCAACGCGUUCGACGCGGCCACAGCGCUCAAGCGGCUAGACCUCAGCGCCAACAAGCUGACGCGCAUUGCAUUCACCCACAACAUGUCUCUGACCCAGCUCAAGAUCACGUCCAAUGUGCUUGUGGACGCUGGCAUCGUGGACUUGUCGUUCUGCAAGCAGCUGGUCACGCUGGACCUAAGCGACAACAAGCUCGCUCGGUUGCCUGGUGCAAGUCUGCGACACUGCACGGGGUUGCGCGCACUGGUGCUCACGAAAAAUGCGAUGACGUCGCUGGAGUGGGUGCCUAGCCUGCCUGGGCUCACGUCGUUGAUCGUUAGCCACAACCGUAUCACUGAGAUCUCGGCCAAGAGCAUCGGCAAGCUCAAAGGCUUGACCAAACUGCAACUCUCGCACAACAAGUUGACCGAGUUGCCAGAUUUGACUGCUUUGGAGCAACUCACGGAACUGCGCGCGUCCAACAACCAGCUCACGGCGUUGCCAGCUUCAAUCAACCACAACGUCAACUUGAAGAUUGUGGACGUAUGCCACAACCAUAUUGACACAUUUGACGGACUGGACCAGUGGACGUCACUUGCCCAGCUAAAGCAGCUGAAUCUGCGGGGAAACCCUAUUUGUGGCCAAAGUUCCACUCUUCCGAUGGAACUAGUCGAGUCUGCGAAAGAAAAAGAAGACGCUAGCGCCACAGUGUCACAGGUGGACUUGGCUGAGCGUAAAGCGUUGGACAAGAAGAAUAAAUUGUACAAUUUCAAGAUGAAGCGAUUGUUUCCGGCGCUGAUUGUGCGCGAUGGCCAGCGCAUCCAAGACAAGCGUACUCACGGAUAUGUGGCCCCGCCGCCGGAACCCAAAGCGCCCAAGCCUGUGAAAAAGGACGCGACGGCAUCUGCCGCAGCUGAGACGACGGACGGGCAGAAGACGAAGAAGAAGAGGCGAAAGGAGUCCAAGGAUGAGGCUGUGGAGGACGAGGGACGUCGCCAUGCAGGGGAAACACUCGACGAUGUUAAGAAGGCUGUGAAGAAAGCCAAGAAGGACAAGAAGCGGGCCGCGCAAGACGAGACUGCAACGGACAUCAUCCCGACAGCCAAACGCUCCAAGAAGGAUCGUGAGGCUGCUGAAAGCAAGGGAUCGAAGGAUGGCAAGGAGUCUGUGGUGGCGGCGAAGGAGCUAGCUACGACGACACCCAAAGACAUGAAACACGGCAAGAAGUCGGAAGGUGUCGAGGGGAAUGGUGAACAUGGGGAGAAGCCCGCCAAGAAGGAGAAGGGAAGGAAAAAGAAGGAGAAAUACGUACGUUCGUUCGUAUCCGUCGGAUGAUGUUGACGGGGAUGUGUAGGCCAAGGACAGCGGCGUGCUGAGUGUGGUGCACGUGAAGAAGUCAGCCAAGUCGGCGGCUGUCAGCUCCACGGCGACCGCUCCCGUGGACUUCACGCAGCUCGACACAAGCGGCGGCGUCGGGAUGGGGGGCGAGUCCAGCUGGGACUAACGUAGCUCCAUUGCAGCACCACGAGGAGCUUUCACAUGGACAGUUUUCAAGUUUGGAAUUGGACCCGUGGCAAUUUAUACUUGUCGCCGAUAUAUAUAGCAAAACCUUCAGUCUCUCCCAAAACCAAUUGUAUCAGUAUACAGAAACAAAGAUCAUCGUGCAAAUUAUUUUGAAAACCUCCGAAAACGAAUGUAAUUAAACAGCGA